GUUCACCGGAUUUGGUAGUUCAGUUUUGAUAAGUGCAAUCGGGGCCAGUAUGAAGAGAAUAAUUGUUUUAUCAAUGGCUGUAGCCAUUGCGAUUGGGGCAGCCAUCGAGAAACCACAGAAGGAAGUGGAUGUCAAGCAGGACAGUAGCGAUUCUAAGGUACACGAAAAACGUGGAUUAAGUGACUAUAAAUAUGCGUACGGACACCAUACUGAAAUGUUAAGCGGAUUCAAGCCUUCUUAUGGAUACUUCACGGAAGAUGACAGUUACGAGGAUAUGAAACACUUCAAACAUGAACUUCUCCAUUCGCACGACACUCCCGACUGGAAGAAAGGUAAGAUUACUUACAUCACUAAGAAUAUUCCAGUUCCAUAUAAAGUUGAGGUAGAGAAGCAUACCAUCAUCGAGAAGAAAGUUCCAGUUCACGUAGAACGCCCUGUUCCGUACCGAGUGGAGGUUGAGCGCAAAGUUCCAGUAUACUACGAAAAGAAGGUUCCCGUUCAUGUAGACCGUCCAGUACCGUACGAAGUGAAAGUACCAUAUCCAGUCGAGGUUGAAAGAAAGGUUCCAGUGUACGUUGAGAAGAAAGUCCAUAUUGACCGUCCAGUCCCAUACCCCGUCGAAGUGGAAAAGAAAGUUCCAGUCGUCGUAGAGAAAAAAGUGCCAGUACAAGUGGAGCGCUUUGUCGCGGUUCCAGUGGAAGUCAAAGUGCCCGUACUUCAAAAGGUACAGGUUGAAGUUCCCAAACCAUAUACUGUCCAAGUCCCGAAACCAUAUCCGGUGUACAUCGAGAAAGAAGUCAUCAAACAUGUUGACCGUCCAGUCGCGGUAGAAGUUUCGAAAAAGGUACCAGUCCCUGUCGUUCAUAAGGUUGAGGUUCCGAAACCGUACGCCAUCUACAUCCAGAGGCCAGUUCUUGUUGAGAAGCAACAUCCUCAGCAUUACCAGCAACCUCAUCACGAAUACGACAAUGAGCAAGUGGCACUUAAACUGACCGGAUACAUUUCGGAAGCAAUCCAACACGAACAUCAUGCUGAAGAAUACCAUUCUCACCAGCAGCAGCAGCAGUAUCAUCAACAACAACAACAUCAACAUCACGCUCAUCAUGAUGCUGGACACCUAGUUCAGCACAAGGAUGAGCACGAUGAUAACGAACAAUAUCACUCGCAUCAGCGUGAAAUCGAGCAGCACGAGCAGCUGCAUGAACAGCAUCAGAAUGAGCACCAGAAUGAGCAUCAUUACGAGCAGCAUCAUCACAUUCCGACGCAUCACAAGCGUGAAUCGAAGCAGUAAUGCAGCACUGAUAGUUCGUUUAGCAACGACAUGAGAUUGUUACUGUUUUUCUCUAGUCUGUCCGUGCGCAUGCAACUCUGUUGAUUGACGUGGAAUGAUCUUGUUGAUAAUAUAUAUUGUUAUUUAGAGUAAUUAUUGAA